GUUAUUUAAAGCCGGAGAUCCUCCUCUCACUUGUCGAGCCCACUGUGUUGCGUCUGUCUGCCUCGUCGUUUGUGUGUCUUUGUGCGGCAGAGUGCGCUAAAAACGCAGGCAGGCAGUGGGAGAGCUGUAGAGCGCGGGGAGAAAGGCAAGGAGAACAGUAUCCGAAGCAGGAGAGGGGACUCACAAACACAGCUAUGAGGUUCAUCCGAGCCGUCUGUUUAUUGCUGCUCUGUCCGGCUUUGAGCCUCAACACCAGACAAAGCUACGAUGGGCUGGAAAAGAAACUGAAGGAAGUUUUCAGUGAAAGAAGCAGCAUCUUGCAUCAACUCUCCAAGACAUCAAAGGAGCUGGACAGUAUAAAAGGCAACCUGCAGUUGCUAAAAAAUGAUGACUCUGUGGCCAAGAAAGAUGUGCAGAGGAUCCUUGAGCUCAGCCACAAACAGAGAGAGGAGAUGAAGUCCCUCCAGGCAGCCUUGCAGAAGCAGCUGGAUGAGGCAAAUGAGAGAGCAGAGAAGCAGCAGGCCAUGAUCAAAUUUCUUAAAGUGGAGAUGGAGAAAAAAACGAAGAUCAUCAAGGAUUUACAACAAGAGAACAAGAGCUUGAAAAACAAACUGCUCUCAGGAAACAAACUUUGUGAUGCCUACGCAGAAGAGUCCAAAAAAAUCCAGGCUCAACUGAAAGAACUGCGGUACGGGAAAAAGGAUUUAAUUUUUAAGGGACAGCAGCUAAUGGACCUGGAGCACAAGUUAACUAUUGCCAAGGAAGAACUAGAGAAGACUGCACUCGACAAGGAGUCUCAGCUGAAGGCACUGAAGGACACGGUUCACAUCUGCUUCUCAGCUGUCCUGCACAACCAGCCCAGCAGCAGUCACAGAUUUCCCACCUCCCCCACCCAUUUGUUCAGAUACUCAUCGCUCAUCAAUAGCUCCAGGGUCACCUUUCAGCAGCCACAUAUCAAGGAUAUCGCCAAAGUUCAGAGAAUUGUCACAUCACCUAAAUCAGCUGUGAACACUGGCGUAAUGAGGAGAAAGAGCGAUGGAGUCAAAGAGUGCCAAAUGGAAAAGACCGGUGGUGACUGCUACCAGAAUCAGACAGAGGAAUCUGCUUCAGGAAGCAAAAAGCUGGUCGAGCUACACCAGCAACAGAGCCAAGCACAGAGUGGAAAACUUGACACAAAGCUCGCAGAUGACAGCGACAAAGCCAAGGGAGGCGGCAGCAGCAAAAAGACAAAGCUGCACACGUACAACUGAGCGGACGGCAUGCCAUCCAGAAUGCAGAACUUCUGCGUCGCCUGAAGGAUCUUUCUAAGAGCACACACACCGGCACACUCGCACAACAAACACGUGUGUGCCCCCCCCCCCC